AUGGGUCUGAGCUUCAAUGAUAAAUUGGCUAAAAUCAAAGAGCUAAAGCAUUCUAAUGAUUUUGCAAGUGUUUAUGAUUUCCUUGAUGAACUUUCUACAGAAGGAGAACUUGAAUUGCUGUCAAAGGCAUGUGAAGAAGGACUUUGGGAAAAGAAGACACCUCAAGAUCAAAAUGUUAUUGCGAAGAAUGUACUUCAUGUCGCAUGUGAAACAGGAAAUCUCAAACUUGUUAAAUCACUAAUUGAAUGCGGUUGUGACAAAGAAGUAAAGAAUAAUUAUGGAGAUACCCCACUCAUAGCUGCAACAAUGUAUGGUCAAUUUGAAGUUGUUUAA